GCAUAGCGAGUGGUCAUGCCCUGUGGUCAGUCACCAAGCUGGAGUCUGAGCAGCGUGCUACUGUUUUGGGCCGUGGACAGGAUCAGGGGCGGGGAUUAUCGGGAAAGUGACCAAUGACAAUACGAGAAGUUCAGCGGGACGUGGCCUCUGUUCAACCCGCGGCUGUCCCACGCUCUAGGCCGGACGAAGUACACAGGCGCUUGGCUUGGGGGCGUGGCUAGAAUUGGAGGCAUAACCUAAAAGGGACUUGACCAAUCUGAGACUGUAUAAGGGAUGAAGGGGCGAGGCCGUGCCUGGAUCUACCCCUGACAGGCCACAGGUUCGGGGGGCGUGGUCAGGCUUGCUGUUUCGCGGAGUCCGGGCCAAUUCUGGUGUUAGCUUCCAAGUAGGGCGGGGACAGUAUCGAAGGUGUGACCAAUCUUGUUUCCAGAGCCUGAGUUGCGCGAGCCGCCAAAGGAUGUGGCCAGCCUGGGGGCGUGGCUGUCAAGAUCUUGUCCAAUCCUAGAGUGAGCCCAAACUCAGGGGCGGAGUUUCAUGAUCCCGGAACCGGUGGUAGUGUUUGGGUUUGAGGAGAGCACGACCCAGCCCUCUGGGGUGGGGUCUAGCGGGGUCAGCGACCAAUCGCGCCGAGGUCUAGUGGGGCGCGGCCCUCCCGGGGGCGGGGCCUGUGCCAGUUCCGGGCCGCCUGGGGGCGUGGCCGGGCCUGUACAGCAGCCUGGGCCAUGUCGGCGCCGCCGGCCCUGCAGAUCCGGGAGGCAAACGCACACCUGGCAGCCGUGCACCGGCGCGCAGCGGAGCUGGAGGCGCGGCUGGACGCGGCGGAGCGCACGGUGCACGCCCAAGCCGAGCGCCUGGCCCUCCACGACCAGCAGCUGCGCGCCGCCCUAGACGAACUGGGUCGCGCCAAGGACCGUGAGAUUGCCACACUCCAGGAGCAGCUGAUGACCUCAGAAGCCACUGUCUACAGCCUGCAGGCCACCGUGCACCAGAGGGACGAGCUCAUUAGGCAGUUGCAGCCCAGGGCUGAGCUGCUGCAGGACAUCUGCCGCCGCCGGCCACCCCUGGCUGGGCUGCUGGAUGCCCUGGCUGAGGCUGAGCGCCUGGGGCCCCUGCCGGCCAGUGACCCCGGCCACCCACCCCCCGGUGGGCCUGGUCCACCCCUUGACAACAGCACUGGGGAAGAGGCGGACAGGGACCACCUCCAGCCUGCAGUGUUUGGGACCACAGUGUGAGCCCGGAAUGCAGAUUACAGAAUGGAGACAGAAAGCCACUGCUGUCAGUGUCCUUGGGAGUCACCAGCACCCUGCAGGGGGACCCUACGGCAGAGCCAAAGUCCUGUCUAAGCAUCAGAACAGGCUGAACAGUCAAAAAGUUUUCAAAUAGGCCCACAGGCCAGGUGCAGACGUUUAACCCAGACAGAAGUGUUCUUGUUUGUUUUUAAGCUUUGAAUCAGUCACCCUUGCUAAAAACCUGGCAAUGCAAACACAAAGAUCUGGAUUUCUGGCAAGACUUGGCCAAGCUUGCCUGGAGUUCAGGGCACCCUCUUUAGCCAGGGUGUGAGUUUCUGUUUUUUUUUUUUUUUUUUUUUUUUAAGACAGAGUCCCACUCUGUCGCCCUGGCUGGGGUGCAGUGGUGCGAUUUUGGCUAACUGCAACCUCCGCCUCCCAGGUUCAAGCGAUUCUCCUGUCUCAUCCUUCAGAUUAGCUGGGAUUACAGGCGCCCACCACCACACCCGGAUAUUUUAUAUUUUUGGUAGAGACCGGGGAGGGGAGGGGGUUUCACCAUGUUGACCAGGCUGGUCUCAAACUCCUGACCUUAGGUGAUCCACCCGCCUCGGCCUUCGAAAGUGCUACAAUUAUAGGCGUAAGCCACCGUGCCCGGCCCUAGCCUAGCUUUUGUAGCAUGCAACUGUCUCCUUUUUAUACGCCCUAAAGAAUCUAUUUUUGAACUCCUUGUUUCUGCGCUGUCCUUCUUAGCCCAGGACAUUCAGGGUGCUUUGCUUGUUGUCAAACCAGGGAAAGGAGAAAACUCCUGUGCCUUUCUGGGCCAGCCUGUCACCCUGGCCUGGUCGGCAGCCAUUCCCCUACCUCCUCACUCAGGGAACUGUCAUACCAGGAACCGGCGAGGGGCACAGCCUGUUUCAGACCAGAAAGGUCGGAGGCCACCCACGGCCUUCAGGAUGGCGCCCGCCUGCCUGCCUGGCAACAGUGACCCCUCAGUGCAGUAACAAUGGGCCCAUUUUCUCCUCUGGAUGAACAAGGAGGGGGGUUGUUUGUACAAAGGCAAGGCAGGCUGGGGCCUGUCUGUGCUCAAGAAUAAACCGGAUGAUUUCCUGG